CUUUGUCAUAUUGUUGGCUUCUCUGAAUGUUUUAAUUGUACUUCAUGCUUCAAAUCUAUUGCUGAUUUUUUAAUUUUUUUUUCUUCCUUUCUAUUUCAGAAAGAUGAGGUGUACCUCAACUUGGUGCUGGACUAUGUUCCUGAAACAGUAUACAGAGUUGCCAGACAUUAUAGUCGGGCCAAACAGACACUCCCUAUGAUUUAUGUCAAGUUGUACAUGUAUCAGCUGUUCCGGAGUUUAGCCUAUAUCCAUUCCUUUGGGAUCUGCCACCGGGAUAUAAAACCACAGAACCUCUUGCUGGACCCUGAUACAGCUGUUCUAAAACUCUGCGACUUUGGAAGUGCAAAACAGCUGGUUCGUGGAGAACCUAAUGUCUCCUACAUCUGCUCUCGGUACUACAGGGCACCAGAGUUGAUCUUUGGAGCCACCGAUUAUACCUCUAGUAUAGAUGUGUGGUCAGCAGGCUGUGUAUUGGCUGAACUGUUACUAGGACAACCAAUCUUUCCAGGUGACAGUGGUGUGGAUCAGUUGGUGGAAAUAAUCAAGGUUCUGGGAACGCCUACAAGGGAGCAAAUUAGAGAAAUGAAUCCAAACUAUACUGAAUUCAAAUUCCCUCAGAUUAAGGCACAUCCAUGGACUAAGGUCUUCCGGCCCCGCACUCCACCAGAAGCAAUUGCGCUAUGUAGCCGUCUGUUGGAGUACACCCCCACUGCCCGCCUGACUCCCCUGGAGGCCUGUGCGCACUCUUUCUUCGAUGAACUACGGGACCCAAAUGUCAAGUUACCAAAUGGGCGAGAGAAACCUGCACUCUUCAAUUUCACCACUCAAGAACUGUCAAGUAACCCAUCUCUGGCUUCGAUCCUCAUCCCUGCUCAUGCCCGGAACCAAGCAGCUGCUUCAACCCCUACAAACGCUACAGCGGCCUCAGAUGUUAACGCAGGAGAACGAGUUCAGACCAAUAGUGUAGCUACAGCAUCAGCCUCCAACUCCACCUGAACCGGUACCAAGCAGCCAGCUGCACAGGAAAAAUCACCAGUAAUUUGAGUCUUGCUCAGCAACACUGGUCACAUUUGGAAAGAAAAUUAAAAAGAGGAAAAAAAAAAAAAAAGAAAAAACCAACAAACCAACCAACCUGUUCAUUUUAGUGUUCAAUUUUUUAUUAUUAUUAUUGUUGUUCUUAUUUAACCUUGUAAAAUAUCUAUAAAUACAAACCAGUUUCAUUGUAUUCUCACUCUGCAGGGUGUCUGGGGCAGGGGACUAGGUGGGGGGAGGAGGGAAAGUGGAGCAAUACAACACACCAGUGUCUCUCCCCUCGACAAUCUCUUCAUGUUGGAAGUUUUGCUGUUGUGUACUUCAGAACCAGGACUCUUGCCUCAUGCCCCCUCCCAACAACAGAAAGAAGGAAAAAAAAAAAACAAAACAAAUCAAAAAAAACCCAA